GGAAUUUCGGUUACUUGAACUAUGGCUUUUUUAGAAAUUAACUGUAAGUUGCAGACAUAUAGAUGGCAAAACUUGCACAAGAGAUAUAUUGUCAGCAGUGUUGGAUUAAGAGCGUUUGGUUCGUUGAUACGUCAACGGCGUACUAGUUGCCCACGUUGUUCCUUCUUCCGUGAUCGUUUGUAUAUGGAUGGUGACAGCCUAUCCAAGAAAAGCAUAAAGAAUUUUAUCAAUACAGAAGAACAAGAAGAGACAAAAGUAAACACAAAACAAAGUUUUUUGCAACGGUCGGUUGAUAAGGUUGUGGAUGUUGUUGUGAUUGGAUGCGGCCCAGCUGGCUUAGCUUUAGCUCGUUCCUUGAGUGAGCGAAAGUUACAGGUCGUUUGUAUUGAUCCUCAUAUAGAUAAACCUUGGAAAAAUAAUUAUGGUGUUUGGCUCGACCGAAUGGAGAGUUUGCAACUGGCUGACUGUCUUUCUCCUGUUUGGUCUAAUACGAGAGUUCACAUUGACAACAACAGGACACGUCUGCUUCCUUUUGCUUACGGAAAAGUUGACAGAAAUAGAAUGAAACAGAAGCUACUGAAUGUUUGUAAGGAAUCUGGUGUCGUUUUUUUCGAAGAUUCUGUUGCAAACAUAAUACAAGAGCCGCCAUAUUAUUCUUGCAUAACCUCACAACAAGGGAAAUUCACUUGUCGUCUUGUGGUGGAUGCCACGGGACAUUUCAAUACGUUUGUCAAGUUUGAUACUCCACAUGACCCAGGAUUUCAGGUAGCCUAUGGAAUCGAUGUCGAAGUUUCUGGGCAUCCGUUUCCUAUAGAUGAAAUGCUAUUGAUGGACUUUAGAGAUUCUCAUAUGCAAGAUAGCCUGGAAGAUAAGACACAGUCAUUUAUGUUUCCAACUUUUUUAUACGCUAUGCCCAUGAGUGGUACCAGAGUCUUUCUAGAAGAGACUUCCUUAAUCAGCAAGCCACCUUUAAGCUUUGAACACUUGAAACAACGACUCUUCAAGAGACUACGCUUUCUUCGAAUUGAAAUUAAACAUAUUUUUGAAGAAGAGUUUUGUAUGAUUCCUAUGGGUGGAUCGAUGCCUUCAUUUAGUCAAAAUGUCUUAGGAUUUGGUGGUUCUGCUGGAAUGGUUCAUCCAGCAACUGGUUAUAUGUUUUCACGAGUGAUGGAAAUGGCACCAAUCCUUGCAAAAAGUAUUGAGAACUCACUGUUGUUGUUUGAUGAUAAGGCUUUAUCGAAGAACACACCUCUAUCGAUAUGGAAUGAAUUAUGGUCCCAUGAACGUACUUUACAGCGUAACUUUUACCAGUUUGGUGGUGAAUAUCUUUCCAAAAUUGCUUUAGGUGACAUGUGCGACUUCUUCUGGGCUUUCUUUAUGCUGCCUGAUAAGGAGUGGAAGGAGUUCCUAGACUUUGACUUGACAAGUUCUCGUAAACGUCUUCUAUUUGGUCUGCGUAUAUUUUCUAGGACGAGCCCAGCCUUGAGACUUUCGCUUAUAAAGGAAGCAAUUUUGAAUGGAAGGCUGAAGUUAUUAAAAAGUGUUGUUUUGUAAAUUUUUACAGUAAAUGUGCUGUUGCGGUCGUCGAUAUAUUACACGAAUUGAAAAUUCCUGAAUAUACAGCAGCAUUGUUGU